UGGUGGAGGCGCCGCGCGGCGACCCUCGGAACCCUUGCGGUCUUAUCAUGGCGCUCCGAGUGGUUAGGAGCUUGGGGACCGCGGCCUGCAGCCUGCGCACGGCCCUGGCGCCCGCUGCGCCCUGCCCGCUGCGGGCCUGGCGGCUGAGAGCGGACGCCGUCCGCACGCUGCGCACGGGACCCGCGCUGCUCUCGGUGCGUAAAUUCACAGAGAAACAUGAAUGGAUAAUGACAGAAAAUGGGAUUGGAACUGUUGGAAUCAGCAAUUUUGCACAGGAAGCUUUGGGAGAUGUUGUUUACUGUAGUCUGCCUGAAAUUGGGACAAAAUUGAAAAAACAAGAUGAGUUUGGUGCUUUGGAAAGUGUGAAAGCUGCCAGUGAACUCUACUCUCCUCUGUCUGGAGAAGUAACUGCAGUUAAUGAAGCACUUGCAGAAAAUCCAGGGCUUGUCAACAAAUCUUGUUAUGAAGAUGGUUGGCUGAUAAAGAUGACACUGAGUAACCCUUCAGAACUAGAUGAACUAAUGAGUGAAGAAGCAUAUGAGAAAUAUGUAAAAUCUAUUGAGGAGUGAAAAUGGCAACCUGAAUAAAUUAGAGUGAAGUAACUUACUGCAGCAUAGUUGUCUAAAUUAGUGGUGGAUGAAAAACUUAACAUUUUGCAAUGACGCAACACUUUCUAGUAGGAAAAGCAACGACUCAACGCUACUAUGAGAGAAAAUACCCUUCAUUUUCCAGUGAUUGCAGACAAACACCUUAUGUUCUUUUUUGCCAUACAUUAAUCAAUUUUAGACUAAACUCUAGGAUUUGGUAUUCAGAAUUCAUUGCCCAGGGUAAAAUCUAGAGAUUAUGUAUCAAUGUAUCAAGGAUAAUACUGUGAUCAUACAUCCUGUUGUAAUUUUAUAUCCACCUCUGGAUUUGGAUUAACCUAAUGAUCUUGCCAUUUGAAAUAACUGGAAGUGGAAGAAAGUACUUGUUGGACAGCCUCAGAUGAAGAAUUCUAGCUCCAUUUUAUAAUGCACUGCAUUUGCUGGUGCUAUUUUUAUACAGUGAAGCAACAGGUUUGCAGCUAAGUGAGAAAAUAAAUAAAAUAUUAAACCUCUUCAUUAAU